GAACAGGACUUUUAUUUUGAUCUGGUGGCGUGACGUCAUAAGGCUGCGUCGCGCUCCUGCGUCUGAGUUUCAGCUGAAGAGAGGACGAAGUGUUCAAACACACAGGAAAACACCUCUUGGAUUAACUGAGAUCCACAUGACACUAUUAUAAAGAUGGUGUUUAUUAAAGAGGAAAAUGAAGACGUGAAGAUUGAGGAAACAUUGAGAGUCAAACAUGAAGAUGCUGAGGAACAAACAAAGACGGCAUUUAUUAAAGAGGAGAGUGAAGACAUGAAGAUUCAAGAAAUAUUCAGAGUCAAACAUGAAGAUGCUGAGGAACAAACAAAGACGGCAUUUAUUAAAGAGGAGAGUGGAAACAUAAGGAUUGAAGAAACGUUCAGUGUCAAAAAUGAAGAACAAACAGACCUGAUGGCACUGAAAGAGGAGAGUGAAGUACUGAAUGAAAUGGAAGAGAAAGAUCAUGAUUUCAUAAAUGGAGAAAAAUCUUUUAGUUUUUCACAUAUUGAAAAGACUUCCUCAAGAAAAAAGGUUCAAAAGACAGGAAAAGACAUUUCACCUGCCAACAGUGUGGAAAGAGUUUCAAUCGAACAGAAAGUUUUAAAAGACACAUGAGAGUUCACACUGGAGAGAAGCCUUAUGCCUGCCAACAGUGUGGAAGGAGUUUCACUCUAAAAGGAAGCCUUAACAGACACAUGAGAAUUCACUAUGAAGAGCAGCCUUACACCUGUUCUCGGUGUGGAAAGAGUUUUGAUCAACAUGAAAAUCUUGAAGCCCAUAUGAAAACUCAUAGAAAGAAACUCUACACAUGCCCUCAGUGUGGAAAGAGUUUCCGUAAAAAUCGCUUUGAAGUCCAUAUGAGAACUCAUAGAAAUAAACUCUACACAUGCCCUCAGUGUGGAAAGAAGUUCAGUCAUAAAGGACGCUUUGAAGACCACAUAAGAAUUCACACUGGAGAGAAGCCUUUCACCUGCCAACAAUGUGGAAGAAGUUUCAACCAAAAAGGAAACCUUGACAGGCACAUGAGUGUUCACACUGGAGAAAAGCCUUACACCUGCCAACAGUGUGGAAGAAGUUUCAACCGGAAAGAAAACCUUAACUCCCACAUAACCGUUCACACUGGAAAGAGUCUUUUCACCUGCCAAACAUGUGGAAUAAGUUUUACUCAAAAAGAAAGCUUUAACAGACACAUGAUAAUUCACACUGGAGAGCAGCUUUACACAUGUGAUCAGUGUGGAAAGAGUUUUGGUCAACAUGAAAACCUUAAAGUCCACAUGAGAACUCAUAGAGAAAAACCCUACACAUGUUCUGAGUGUGGAAAGAGUUUCUGUCAAAAACAACACUUUGAACACCACAUGAGAAUUCACUCUGGAGAGCAACCCUACACAUGCCCUCAGUGCGGAAAGAGUUUCAAUUAUAAACAACACUUUGAAGACCACAAAAGAAUUCACACUGGAGAGAAGCCUUUCACCUGCCAACAAUGUGGAAGAAGUUUCAACCAAAAAGGAAGCCUUAACAGGCACAUAAACCGGCACACUGGAGAGAAGCCGUUUAUAUGCGGUCACUGCGGAAAGAGUUUCAAAAAUAAAGCAGCAUUUAAACAUCACAUGAGUCUGCACAUAUGAGAGAACUGUAUUUUUAUGUUAUCAGUGUGGCAUGAGUCGUGUAAUAACACCAGAGAGAAGCCUUUGCUGUGCCAUCACUGUGGAAAGACUUGCAGAAACAAGACAAUCUUGAGGUUCACAGAAGCACCACUGAUGUAGUUCAAAAUAGCUGAGCAGUGGAUUUGGGUUUGUCUUCACCUGGGUAUUGGUUGAUCGAAUCACAAAUAGACUGUUCCUGUUUCACUGUCUCUUUUGACCACUUCUGUCCCCGUUUUAUCAAGGGGAGGGUAAAUGCUUUGGAUUUUUCUUUUAUAAUAUAAAUGUAAGUCUAGAGCAAACUACCAAAGAGGGAAAAAAUAUAUAAAGACUUGCUAAGCAGUGCUGGUGAUUAGUGAAAAUAAAUCAAUAAAUUGAAAAGGGGAGGAAUCAAAAAUUGUACUGUGAUUUAAAGUGGGGUACGGUGUAAAAAAGUGUAUUAACAAAUGAGAUCAAAUGUGCAAAAGUACUUCAAGAUGGAGCAUUAAUGGUAAUAUGUAAUAGUGAAGAGUAGAGGAAUAAAGUGAUAGAAU